AUGGCGACGCAAUCAACCCUCCGUCAGCCUGCGGCUCAAGACGCACUUGCCGCUUUCAUACAGGAAUGGUCCGCCAAGCUGCGUACACGGCUCCGGUCCACAUCGAGGCUCACACGGGUUCUUGCGACGCUAUUCCUGGCCACGUCCAUUAUACUGGGUGCUGAAGGAGGCAGGCGGUUGUGGAAGAACCGCCGGCUUGAGCGCGAGCAAGGCCGCAAACUGGUGCGCACAAACUCGUGGCUCCACAACAAGGACGGCUCGCGCACAAUCUACGUGCCUUACAAGGACGGCACCACCAAGGUCGUCAUUCACAAUACAAAGCCUCUUACUUUUGAGGCCCACCGUCGCCUGUUUCUCAACCCCCCGCGAGUGUCUGGGCUGGGUGACGGCACCGUCCCCUCGGCCCAGACGAAGCCGGGUCUCAACCUCGCCUUCCUGCACCAGUUUCUCAGCCUUAUGAGUAUCAUGAUCCCACGCUGGUCGAGCAAGGAGGCCGGUCUGCUCCUCAGCCAUGGCGUCUUCCUCAUGCUCAGGACGUAUCUGUCGCUCGUGGUGGCGCGCCUCGACGGUGAGAUCGUGCGCGACCUCGUCGCAGGAAAUGGCAAGGCAUUUAUGUGGGGCAUCACAAAGUGGUGCGGCCUGGGAGGAUUCGCCUCCUAUACAAACGCCAUGAUCAAGUUCCUCGAGUCCAAGGUGUCCAUCGCAUUUCGGACUCGUCUGACACGGUAUAUCCACGACCUGUACCUCAAUGACAACCUCAACUACUAUAAGCUGUCCAACUUGGAUGGUGGUAUAGGCCAGGGCGCCGACCAGUUCAUCACCCAGGACCUGACCCUCUUCUGCGCCUCGGCGGCCAAUCUGUACUCGUCACUUGGAAAACCGUUUGUCGACCUCUGUGUCUUCAACUUCCAGCUGUACCGGUCUCUCGGCCCACUAGCCCUGACGGGUCUCCUGAGCAACUAUUUCCUGACGGCGAGCAUCCUCCGGCGGCUGUCCCCUCCCUUUGGCAAGCUCAAAGCCGUGGAGGGUCGUAGGGAGGGGGACUUCCGCAGUCUGCACGCGCGUCUCAUUGCUAACGCCGAGGAGGUGGCCUUUUACGGUGGUGCUGACAUGGAGAAGACAUUCCUCAACAAGGAAUUCAAGUCGCUUAAGAGUUGGAUGGAAGGCAUCUACAUGCUUAAGAUCCGUUACAACAUUCUCGAGGACUUUAUCCUGAAGUACAGCUGGAGCGCCUACGGCUACCUGCUCGCUUCGCUGCCAGUAUUCCUCCCCGCUUGGGGUGGUGUUGGCGGCGCUGCCGAGAUGGCCGGUAUCUCGCCCAAGGCCAGCAGCAGCAGCAGCGGCAGCGGCAGCGGCAGCGGUAGGGAACGUAACCGCAUGCGCGAGUUCAUCACUAACAAGCGUCUCAUGCUGUCCCUCGCCGACGCCGGUGGCCGCAUGAUGUACUCGAUCAAGGACCUCUCGGAGCUGGCAGGUCACACGAGCAGGGUGUACACGCUCAUCUCGACGCUUCACCGGUCCCACGCCAAAGCCUACUACCGCCGCACUGGGCAGAAUGAGCUCUACUCCAUGUCUGAUAUCCAGGGGACUAUCCAGAAGGGCUUCGACGGUGUGCGAUUUGAGCACGUCCCCGUUGUGGCGCCGGCGCUGUGGCCACAGGGUGGCGACGAAAUGCUCGAGUCGCUGUCUAUGGUAGUUCGUGGUGGCGAGCAUCUCUUGAUUUCCGGACCCAACGGUGUGGGAAAGAGUGCCAUUGCUCGCAUCCUUGCCGGCCUGUGGCCCGUCUACCGCGGCCUGGUUAGCCUACCCAAGGACAUCGGCCAGGACGGCAUCAUGUUCCUUCCCCAGCGGCCGUACCUCAGCCUCGGGACACUGCGUGAUCAGGUCAUCUACCCGGAUGGGCACGUCGACAUGAAGGCCAAGCACAAGUCAGAGGACGACCUGAGGAGGGUGCUCGAAGAGGCCAAGUUGGGCUACCUGCCCGAUCGUGAAGGAGGGUGGGACACUCGCAAGGAGUGGAAGGAUGUCCUGAGUGGUGGCGAGAAGCAGCGCAUGGGUUUCGCACGUCUGCUGUACCAUGAGCCCAAGUAUGCCAUUAUUGACGAGGGGACUAGUGCCGUGUCUAGCGACGUCGAGGGCUUGCUGUAUGAAACGUGCAAGGAAAAGGGAAUAACCCUAAUCACCGUGUCGACUCGCGCAUCAUUGAAAAAAUACCACCAGUUCAACCUCAUCCUGGGCCAGGAAGAUAGCCCGGAAGGGUGGGAGUUCGAGCGCAUCGGUACAGAGAGGGAGAAACUUCAGACGGAAAAGGAGCUGCAGCUUCUCCGGGAGAGACUAUCCAAGGUGAAUGAAUGGGAGAGGAGGAGGAAGGAGAUUGAGGAGGAGCUGGCGUCAGUGUGGACAGAGCGCAGUGGGGCAGAACCGCUCGAGGCACCGGAUUAUGUGGAGGAGACGGAGAAGGAAACGACUGAGGUGGAAGCGUAG